UCUAUUUAUAGAGUUGGUGGAGCCCGUGGCCCUGAGCUCGGCAGAACACACUCAUUAAAACCGCUUUCCCUAGUACACUUCAACUCGAAGCCCAGCACAUGCCAGUGUGUGUGAGAGUGGAAACAGUGUUAGAGAGAGUAAAAGUUCUAAAGGUAAUCAGUGUUAAAAGUUGUUUGAAGACACCGGGAACCUACGGAUACCAUCUCAUGUGGGAUAUUACUUGCUCGUCUUCUGUAUUAUGAAGAGACACUUCAGCUAUAGCAGGUGACAUUCGACUCACAAGGAACUUUCUGUGUAGAUCCAGUGGUCACGAUCAACUGACAGAUACCAAGAGAAAGACCUGCGAGGAAAAGGUGGCUAUGUAAAGACUACAGCUGUAAGGUAGUAGGGAGCCGUUGAUUGGAAUUUGGAACUUGAAGUAAAUAUCAGCAAUGAUUUGAAUUUAAAAGACAAUUCUCUUGUGGUCAAACUGUUGCUUUGCUAUUUCUUGCAUGUCUUUUGAAAAUCUAAAAGUACUUAUAGUAAAGUGACUGUCCACUCACAGACAGAGAGAACAUCCAGAGUUUCUGCUGUAAUCUGAUCCUACACACUGCAGUAAUUAUAAAGCAGAGCUGGGAAGCAGUAAAGGAGAUUUGUCAUUAAGGCUGCCUAAAUAAAGAGGCAGGCUAAAGGGCGAGGUUUGUGGAUUCGGCCGCGGAGGUGCAGCGUCACUCAUCAAGAUCCACCCAAGAACAGCUCAUGGACCCCCAAGGAGGCCACUACCUAAACAAGGCAGCGGUGCUGUCUGGACUUGGCGCUGCCCGCAUGUGCCAGCUGCUGCUGGGAUGCACCACCAUGGCCCUGGUGGCCCACAGUGCGGGAUUCAGCGCCACCUAUGGCACCUUCUGCAUGUUCGUCUGGUGCUUCUGCUUUGCCGUCACACUGUUGGUCUUCACCCUGGACGUGACGAGGCUACACGGGUGCAUGCCCAUCUCCUGGGACAACUUCACCGUGGCCUUCGCAAUGCUUGCCACUCUCAUGUACGUCACGGCCUCAAUAGUGUACCCCGUCUACUUCCUUAGGUCCGAGUGCCCAUCGGAGGGCUGCGAGGUGCGGAACUACCGUAUCGCCGUCACCGUCUGCUCCAGCGUCUGCUGCUUCGCCUACGGAGCCGAGGUGUUCAUCACGCGGGCCAAGCCGGGGCAUGUGGUCGGCUAUAUGGCCACCGUGUCAGGCCUGCUCAAGGUGGUCCAAGCCUUCAUAGCCUGCAUCAUUUUCGGCGCUCUGGCCAAUGACAGUGAAUACAACCGCCACAUCCCUACACAAUACUGCGUGGUGGUCUACAGCCUGUGCUUUGCUGUGACCGUAGUCGUGGUGGCUCUUACCGUCUCGGGGAGAACGUCUUCGCUGCGCUUUCCUUUCGACCGUUUUGUGGUCGUCUACACCUUCCUGGCGGUGCUGCUGUACCUGAGUGCUGCUGUGAUCUGGCCGGUUUUUAGUUUCGAUAAGAAGUAUGGAACCCCAGGGCGACCAGGAGACUGUCCUAGAGGAAAGUGUCCAUGGGACAGCAAGUUGGUGAUCGCCGUGUUCACUUGUGCAAAUCUGGUGUUAUACUUCACUGAUCUGGUAUACUCUCAAAGAAUACGAUUUGUCUCACAUUCAGCAGCAUAAGGCCAUCUCAUCUAUAGCCUGGUGGAUUUAUAAAUACUGGAAAUGAGGCAGGAAAUGUGUUGUGAAAUACAGACAUGCCAAUAAAAUACAGCUGUAUGUACUAGUAUAUUAAAGUAUAAUUUCUGAUUUUUUGUAAUUUUUGUUGGUUUUAAUGAAAAUGUUUGGACUAUAUUGAUGGGCUUGAAUUUUUCAUUGUGUUAAUGAAGAGUUACUUUGCUUAGUAGAAUGAAAUCAAAGUAAUAUCAGAUUUGGUGCAUACCAAUGUAAAAUUAACUUCUGUGGCAAUGCCUCUCUGCAAUUCAUUGUCACUGUAACCCUUAAAGGAUAAGUUUCAAAUGAAAAUUACCCCAAGCUUUACUCACCCUCAAGCCAGGUGUAUUUAACUUUCUUCUUUCUGAUGAACACAAUCGGAGAUAUAUUAAUAAUGUAUCCAAGCUUUAUAAUGGCAGUGA